AUUCCAGGAGUGGUUGAGGUUUUGACCGGCAUCGAGUAGUUAACAUCGCAGGUCAUUCUGUGCAUACCGAAGUCACCGCCUCUUCCCUGUUUGGGUGGUCUCGUCCGGAGCUCAGCGUCGCUCAUCGCCAUUGUGGUUCUCCUGCUUAUUGACGAUCAGUCCGGAGGACGGAAUUGCACGAUUUUCUCCUGCAGGUGCUAUGCCUCUUAUGGGCUCCUGGAUGUCGUGCAAACAAUGUCCAUCUUGUUUCUGUCUAUAGAAAGCAGGGAAGGCUCCCCGUGGUCCGGAGAAUGACGCCUGGACGGUGCUCAUAAGCACCUUUGGCGUACGCGCUUCCAUACCCGCCGAGUUUACUAUGACCGUGACAAUCCGACGUGCUCCAGUGCGAAGGGCUCUCAGCGUUGCCGUUCGGUACAAGCCCCUCGGGCGCAUUGACCAGGAGCUAGUUUUAGAAGGCACACACCAUGAUCCUCGUGUUCUCCGUAAAUUGCUUAUUGAUCUCUUUGGAUACAGGGAGCAAGACAUAAGGAUCCUCAUGGACGAUGAUAGCGGUCAGCAUAUGUGUCCAACAAAGAAAAACAUCAUUAAAUCAAUGCAUGAACUAGUCGCUGAUGCACAACCUGGCGACCACUUUGUGUUUCAUUUUUCCGGGCAUGGAUCACAGGUGCGAAACCUCGAUGGCACCGAGAAAGAUGGCAUGGAUGAAGUGAUAUGGCCGUUCGACAUACAGUAUAGAAGUGACGAAGACUGCGAUAACUAUAUCAUCGAUGAUCUGAUUCAUGAUAUUCUCGUCAAACAUAUCCCCGCUGGCGCGCAUUUUAUGAUGGUCUUUGAUUGUUGCCACUCUGGAACCGCAGCAGAUCUGCCGUACACCAGCGAUGAAUGUGAAUCACUUGCAAGCCCAGUCUCGAUGUACAAGCCGCAGUUCGACCGUUUAAAGAGCAUUCGCCUCGCUGGAACAGAUCAUGAGGCAUCGCGUCUUGGUCAGCACAAGAGUAUUCGAGAUAAGGUUCAUGUACCGCAUACAGUGGAUGUAACAUCUUGGUCCGCUUGCGAAGAUGAUCAAGUCACUUACGGUGAUAAGAAACACGGGGGUCUAUUUGUUUAUGCUUUGAACAAGGCUCUUCGAGCGAAUCCAACAGCAACACAUGCCGAAGUGUUCCACUCCGUCAGACAUAUUAUAAAAAAUAUUGUGGCGGGGAUCAACAGGCGUAGACCAGAGCGUCACUACGCAAUCCCUUCUCCAGAGUUGUGUGCAGAGGAGGAAUUGGAUAGCAUUGCGGACGCGCCAGUUAUUGAUAAUGUCUGACGAUUGAUCGAACGGCUGGGAUCGGUGGUACCAACCUUUGGUAUUUCCUACUACAUCUAUCGCUGUGUCCAUUUUCCGGGAAAUAUUCAUUCACUUGUCGCUACAGAGACGGGUGCCAAUUGUAUUUCUCCAGAUA